CUGAUUGGGUGGCAGUUGACAUGCGACAACAGUCUUCCUUUUCAGGCAGCUCAGUCCUUUAUAACAGCCAGUGCCGUGAAUUUGGACAACAAAAUGAAGCGAAUCCCACGAUAUGCUCGCAAAUUAUGCAAAUAUAAUAUCUUCCAGCCGUUAUACUGUCGUCCACCGUCAAAUCCGCUUCUCAAAUCGAUCCCUGUGAACCACACACCGCGUCGUACUAUCGCCUCAUCACCGUCCUCACAAUGGACAUCUGUUCCUCGAAAAUUCCCAGUUUCUGGCUUCGAAUUGUUAGACACGAAUAUAGAAAUUGAAGAAGAGACUCUUCCAACUUACCAGCCUGAGAAAUAUUAUCCUGUUCAGCAGGGAGAAAUACUCAACGACCGAUAUCAAACAAUCGCCAAAGUGGGCUAUGGAGUGACAUCCACUGUGUGGUUUGGCCGGGAUUUGCUUUCUUCCAAAUAUGUCGUUUUGAAAGUGUACGUCGCAGGCCAACACCGACAUCGAGAAUUGGGCAUCUAUGAGCACUUCAACUGCAUAGAGACAAAGCACCCUGGUAAAAAAUGGAUUCGCUUGCUCAUCGACCAUUUUGUGAUAAAAGGCCCGCAUAGCUCUCAUAUCUGCCUUGUUCAUGAACCUCUAGGGAUAACUGCAGAUUACGUGAUGAAGUUCAUGCCCAAUCGAUCAAUGGAUCUCGAAAGCAUGAAACGGUGUCUGAGACAGUUGCUUGUCUCUUUGGAUUUCUUGCAUUGUCAGGCCAAAGUAGUUCAUACAGUGGAUAUUUGGAGUGCCGCCAUGGUUGCUUGGGACAUUGUUAGUCCUCGUACGUUGUUUGAUGGCAGAAAUGCAGAUGGAAUCUUUGAUGACCGAGUCCACCUUGCUGAGAUGAUUGCACUUCUUGGUCCCCCGCCACCGGAAUUUCGUGCAUGCCACAAGCUGAGCUCUGUCUUUUGGGACGAUGAUGGAAAUUGGAAAGACCUGGCUCCAAUCCCUGAAAUCACAGUGGAAAAAUUAGGAGCUGACAUUGAAGGCGAGGAUAAAGAAGGUUUCUUUCGAUGGAUCCGAUCGGUCUUGCAGUGGAACCCGGAGGAUCGGCCAACGGCGGAGGAAAUGGUAUACGAUGAGUGGUGCAUAAGGGGUAUUAAAGUGCAACAAAAGGAGCAAAAUACACAUGCUAAAAGUUAG